CUCGAUCGCGCCGUCGUGGUCGCGCUCCCUCCCGCACAACACGGUUCGCGGGGAGAUUUGGCAGGAGACGCCGUGCGGGACCGGCUGGUUCUCUCGGCUUGCGUGAAAAAGCGCAGGGGGAGCUAGGCACGUGGUUUCCCUCGUCUUCUGCCGCAGACGCUUCCCGUGAUCAGAAUCCAAGAAAUGGCGGGUCCAGGUCCAGCGCGCACCGCGCGGAGCGUUGCUCUCCUGUGUUUCCUGGUUUCCUGCGCUGCGCUCGUGGACAGCCGUGGCGGAGCCAGCCGGCCGAGCCGGCAGGACCUCGAUGUCGGCCUCGGCGGCGGGGGCGUCGGCAUCGGCAUCGGCAUCGGCGGCGGCAGCCCUUCGUCGCCUUCUCCGACGCCGCCGUCGUCGCAGCCGCAGCCGUGCGACUUCGAGAACGAGCGGCUGUACAGGGCGUACCUCGUGAUCCAGCAGUUCCGGAGCACGGUGACGUGCGACCCGAUGGGCGUCACGCAGAGCUGGAGCGGCACCGACGUGUGCAGCUACAAGGGCUUCUUCUGCGAGCGGCCGCCCAACGUGACGGACCGGGCCAUCGCGUCCGUCGACUUCAACGGCUACAUGCUGCAGGCGGGGUCCCUGCGGGGCUUCGUCGACAGCCUGCCGGACCUGGCGCUGUUCCACGCCAACUCCAACGACUUCGGCGGCGCCGUGCCCGCGCUGGGCGGCCUGCAGUACUUCUACGAGCUGGACCUGAGCAACAACAAGCUCGCGCCCGCCGCGUUCCCGGCGGACGUGCUGGGCCUCACCAACGCCACCUUCGUCGACAUCCGCUUCAACAGCUUCUACGGCGAGCUCCCCGCCGGCGUCUUCUGCAAGCUCCCGCGGGUGCAGGCCAUCUUCGUCAACAACAACCGCUUCUCCGGCGCCCUCCCCGACAACAUCGGGCAGUCGCCGGUGAACUACCUCUCUCUGGCCAACAACAGGUUCACGGGGGAGAUACCCAGGUCCAUCGCCCGCAACGCCGGCACGCUCCUCGAGGUGCUCUUCCUCAACAACAGCCUCAGCGGCUGCCUCCCCCACGAGCUCGGCCUCCUGGAGAAGGCCACGGUCAUCGACGCCGGCGCUAACCGCCUCACGGGCACCAUCCCGGCGUCGUUCGCGUGCCUGCGCAAGGUGGAGCAGCUCAACCUGGCGGGCAACCUCUUGUACGGCGAGGUGCCCGACGCGCUCUGCCGGCUCGCGUUCAGCAACCUCAAGAACCUCACGCUCUCCGACAACUACUUCACGUCGCUCGGGUCCUGCUGCUGGGACCUGAUCAAGGAAGGGAGGCUCAACGUCGACCGCAACUGCAUCCAGUGGGCGCCCAACCAGCGCUCGCACGAGGACUGCGCCAAGUUCCUCCGCCAGCCCAAGUCAUGCCCGGUCAACAACUACGUUCCGUGCCGCAGCAAAUACCAAAGCUCCAGCGAGCCGGCCGACGACGCGGCGGCGGAGUACAGGUACCGGACCUACUCGGCGCUGCAUCCUUGAGGUGGAGUGGAGUGGAGGGCACUUCACUGAUUGAUAAAGCGCAUUGUCCGUUUCGUGUGAGCGUGAAACGACUGGUCACUCGCCUGGGCCUGGCCCUGGCCCGUUUGUGCUCGGUGGGUUGUGUUGAUGUGUUGUGUCACUGUGUAGAAAUGUUGAAUGUUCCCCUUCGCUCGAUCCGGCCCAGCUAGGUAAUUCAUAUGCAUCAUGUGCG